CCUGCACUUGGCGCCUUCGUCUCCCUCGAUACCCCCUAUGCCGCCCAAAUACUGGCUCGUUCCGGAUUCGACUGGCUUCUCAUCGACAUGGAACAUUCCCCUUUAUUAGCACACUCAUCAAAUGACAUGGUACAUGCCACUAUCACAGCCUCUCAGGGAGCUUGUGUUCCAGUUGUGCGUGUACCAUCACAUGGCGUGGAGUGGAUUAAAUGGGCACUCGAUAGCGGAGUGAGCGCUAUUAUUGUUCCGAUGGUGAAUAACAAAGAAGAGAUGGAUCUCAUUAUCAAGCGCGCAUGUUAUCCUCCAUUGGGUCAGCGGAGUAGUGGUCCUUUUCGAACACCUUACGCGGAUUUGGAGGAGAAGACAAAUAGCUUUGCGAAAUACCAGGCAGAAACAGCGAAAGGUGUCGCUGUUCUAGCGAUGAUUGAAUCGGUUGAGGGCGUGGAAAAUGCGGAAGCCAUAAUGAGUACCAAAGGAGUUGAUGGUGUGUUUAUUGGACCUGUGGAUUUGAGGAGCUCCAUGGGGUUUCCUGGUAGUGAUGGGAAGGAAGAACAAUAUGUCAUUGCAUUACAGAAGAUAUUGGAUAUUUCGAAACGGUUGGGUAUUCCGGUUGGAAUUCUUGGGUCACAGGAUAAUUUAGAAGCUCAGAUUGAUAUGGGUUUUGAAUUCUUUCUGCUAGCUGGUGAUGCUGCAAUGAUGGUCAUGGGUGCUGAAAUGGUGUUGAAGAGAGCAAAA